AUGUGGAAAGCUCUAGAAGACAAACUUGACAUGUUAGUAGGGCCGACUGAGGAGGAAAAGAUCAGGUCUAUGACGAUUUUAACCCCUCUCCUCUGUGUCCUCUCUUCUGCUCGGAGGAAGCAAACCCGCACAAGCUCCUCUGCUGCGUCCUAUGACACCACCGACGACGCCGCCUUGGCCUAUGAUUGCGAGGCCUUUAGGCUGAGAGGAGAGAAUGCUCGUCUCAACUUGCCCGAACUCUUUCUAGGCAAGGACAGUAUAGAGAGAGCAGCUGCAACAGCUCCUGGUUCAUCCCCUCCUACCCGCCUAGACAAUCGCCAACCCAGCCGGUUCCAGCCGCAGAAACCUCCGGAAGGCCUAAAGUUGAACGCUCAGGCUAUGGAGAUAUUGCCAACACCUCAAGACGAUCCGGAUAAGCCCAAUUUUGAGGGGGAAGGCGUUUCUGGGUCCCCGGAAUUUCCAUGGAGGGAAAUGAUGGAGGAGGCUUGGCUUAGUGCUAUUCCAGCUGGUUGGGGUCCAGGUAGCCCUGUUUGGGACCAUAUUGAUGGCUCAAAUAAUCUACUUCUGCAACCCAAUCUCCCUAUACCAUCUUCCCGUCCCCAAGAAUUCGACGCCUUUGAUAUUUCAAAUCAGCAGGCCACCUCUGUUUCUUCUUCUUCCUCCUCCUCCUCCUGUCCCAUGAACAUGUUCUUUUGGAAGGAAGGUGAUUAA